AUGGCCGACAAGCACGACAGGAAGAAUGAAGCUGACAGUGUGCACAAAGUCACAGUGCUGCAGCGUUUUGUCGGUGGGACAAUUGGUGGGAUGCUGCAGGCGUUAACCAGCCACCCAUUCGACACCGUCAAGUCGCGUGUGCAGAGCGGACUCUUCCCUGGCGUCUUGUCCUGCUGUCGUCAUACAUGGGCAAAUGAAGGUUGUCAUGGUUUUUAUCGUGGGCUGGCCCCACCACUCGUAAUGGGCGGUGUGUACAAUUCCAUAUUGUUUAGCCUGAACCAGUUCAUGACGAAUUUAGUGACACCUGCGGGUUUCGAUCCAAAAAACAGACUCCCACUCUGGCGGACAGCCUUGGCAGCAUGGUUGACGGCGCCGAUUUACACCCUCUGCAUCACCCCGAUGGAGAAUGUAAAGGUGAGGCUGCAGUUGCAGAACAACUCCCAGGCAACAAAAAAAUUUACAGGCGCAACCAGCUGUAUUCGUUACAUCUUUGUGAGGGAGGGUUCACUCGGAUUCUUUGCGGGGUACGUACCAACGAUGCUCUCGCGCCUAGUGGGGCUCCCCUUUUACUUUUCAGGAUACCAGUUGGUAAAGCAGCAGAUAGACAACUCCGCCUUUGGAGCAACCACAGGAGGGAGGAACUUUGGGGUGGUGAUUAGCGGAUGUGUGGCGGGGGUAGUCUUUUGGUUGAGUAAUUACCCUUUUGACUACAUGAAGACACAACUGCAGUCAGGUGGCAACACGAAAAGGACCUUCUCAGAGGUAUUUGUCACCACGUAUAGGACGGUUGGGGUGCGGGGCUUCUACAGAGGCCUCCCAGCAUGUCUAGUGCGUGCGAUCCCUGCCAACGCUUCUGUGUGGCUGGGCGUCGAGUGGGUAACGAGGAUCAUGCGGAAGUAUGAGAUUUGA